AUGACCAUCUGUGUGAGCACUGAGCAGGUGGGAGAAAGCUCUGUGCACGACAGCCACGAGAGUAGGGACUCUGUGAGGGACUCUGUGAGGGACUCUGUGAGGGACUCUGUGAGGGACUCUGUGAGGGACUCUGUGAGGGACUCUGUGAGGGACUCUGUGAGGGACUCUGUGAGGGACUCUGUGAGGGACUCGGUGAGGGACUCGGUGAGGGACUCGGUGAGGGACUCGGUGAGGGACUCGGUGAGGGACUCGGUGAGGGACUCGGUGAGGGACUCCGUGGAUGUCAGAGCUAAGGGAGAUUCACUAGAAAUGCGCAGCUAA